AUCUAGCCUGUAUCUACUACGCAACUUCCGCUAACUCGCUGCUGAGCAAAAUGGACGCCUUUGUGUCUGUUUUCCUCGUAUUCACACUAUAAAUACUGUUUUCACUGCGAUGGAUCCCCUUUGACAUGGCGAUGUUUGCGCGGUACCGCGAGAAACAUAAGUGAAAAUCGUGACACGCCACGAAUCGAAGUGCAUUCCUUGGUGAUCGACGAGAAAACCCGUCCAACCAAAUAGGCCAGAACCACGGAUGACAAUUGAGUGAAUAUCGUUUCACGACGAAAACUUUUUCGAACAGACUCGCACGAACUGAGUCGUUGUUUUUGGCUAACGUGUAAAUACCGACGAUUUCCACGCGUCGAACAACACUGGGAUCUUGGAUAUUGAUACGCCUCCCGCCAAAAUUCCAUUCACUACUCGCAUUCUGCAGUAUAAAUAAUCGUUGUUGGACAGCCAGUGGAAUUGAGCACACUUGGGAGAUUUCCAGCCUGUAGCAACCUGGUUAAGGCCAUGUUAUCAUAUGUAUGAUGUUGGAUGGUAGAUACCUGACAAUUGGAGGACAAAAAAUUAUUGCUAACAAUGGACCGUUUGUUGGAGGAUCCACGUGCUUCAUCAAAAUUUGGUUGAUAAUUGCUACUGCAUCAUGGGAACUUAAAAGAGACUUUGUUAAGUUCCCAAUAUAUGCCUUAGUGCUAGUGUUCUUUAAUAAGCGUUAGGUACAAUUCUCCUUGACAGUGAAAGAUCUCUUAUGUCGGAAUGCCUUGAAAAUGCGAGUGUAAAGAUUUUAACAAUGAUUUCUUUAAGCAUUCGUGGAAACAGUGCAUUUAGAUAUGUUCUGUUGAUUUAUAUUUACCAUAUACUGUGAAUAAGACAUUUUCUAAUAUGUCAGUGCUGUGUUUGUUACGUUGGAUAAUUCUAUGAACCUCAAGGUACAUAUAAGGACACUGGACCUAAUUUCAAUAAUAUUUUUUGUCCAGGCUGUAAUGCCAGAACAAGUCAAAUUCAAGAUGAACGGGGUUAUACCGAGUGUGCCAAUCACAACUCUCGCUGGUAUUGCGAGUCUUACUGACUUGUUACCUGAAAUGCCCCUUCCAACACCGCUGCCUCAGACUUUAACUAACAAGUCCCUUUUAUUUCAUCCAAGAGUGGCAGAGGAAGCACAAAUAUUACUAAGUGUUCGUAAUGAAAACUUAGUGCCGCAAUUAAUAUUAUCUUUAUCUCAAACUUCAUCCGAUCAUAUUGAAUUGAAAGAUAAUUAUGCAAAUGCAGAACAGCCUUUGGAAACCGAGCAAAAUACGCCGGAGUUACUUAAGGCAAUUUUACAAAUAAAUCCGCAUGUGUUUAAGGGGCCUCAAUACAAUUCACCACGAAACUGGGCCCAAGGCACACCUAUGAUGCAUACCAAUCAAACAUCCGCUAAUUACGAACGAUUUUCUCCAUCCUACUCGAGUUCUUCAGGGUCGAGACAGACGCCUCAAGGUAGUCCAGCUCAUCCUGCUGCUGCUAGAACAGUGCUACCCCCGCCUGGCGGCAUAAACCCACUACCCAACAUGACUCCGCAACCAAAUAUGUAUUCUCCAGCACAUAUGAGUUCUCCUGGGACGCCGUUAACAACUCUCGGUAAUGUAACACCUCAACACCACAAUAUGGCUGGUAUGACACCUCAACAUAAUAUGCAUAUGGCAUCUCCUAUGCGUGCUAAUAUACCUUUACAACAACAUCAACCUAUUAAUAUCCAGCAAAAUAUGUACGAUCCUAUGAUGAAUCAACAAGUACAUCAUCCAUUAGGAAAUCAUCAACCAAUGGACAUUGAUAGUACAGUGCAAGAAAAUCAGCAGUUUUUACUUGAUCCAGUCACAGGUCUUCCUGACAUUGAUAUACCGAUAGAAAAUAUCGAAGCGAAACAGCAGAGCAUGGAUAACGUGACGCAACAUCUGUUAUCUACAACGGAAACCACGUCUUAUCCAAGCAUGGAUACCACCGACAUGGUAAAUACAUUAAACACUACGACACCAGUAGUAAUACAGCACCAACAGAACAACAAUUCAGAAAAGGGGAUGAAAAUACCCGUUUCUUUGCCGGAGAAAUUAAAAGAGCCGAUUGUCAUGUUGGACAGACUAUCCUUAGCAGAUCAAGCUUUGAUGCAGAAGAGUCUAACCGCGUUUGCUGAGAAGUCGCCAAGCCGGGCCGCGAAGAUGGGCAUUUCCAAUCGUGAAGAUGUAAAGUCUGAGUCUGAUAGCGAGGAAGAAAUCGGUAAAAAUAAUAAAUAUUUCAAAGCACGCGCGAAAGAGCGUCAGGUUCAAAGAGAAAAAGAGAAAGCCGAGAGGAAGAAGAGCGAAGAUAAAACGCGCAGACGAAAAAGGAUAAUAGAUGAUGAUGACGAAGACGAGAAGAAAGAACCUUUUACACCCACGAAACCAAAAAUCCGCAAAGUAGAAAAGAAACUUGUUCCUGUAUUGGCUAAACUUAGCGUGGAGGAGCUGAUGGAAACUAAUACGUAUCAACGUUUCAACACAACCAUCGAAACGAUAUUUGAAAACACAGAAGAUAUAGCAACUAAUGCCGAAUUGGAUGACGAUGGUGAUGUGCCUCCAGAAUUAUUAAUUCCUAAAUACCAAUUACACGAUUUAUGCACAGAAGCAGCUAAAUUGAAAGCAUUAGGAGCAAUGGAGUCGAUUCCAGCAGAUAGAUUGGUUAGACUAUUAAACAUUUUAGAGAAAAAUAUUCGGGAUGGAGCCAAGGUGUCUCCGUUGGCAGAUCCGGACGACGAUGUUGAUGAAAGUCGAUUAUGGACACAGCUGGCCAUGGAGAGAGUACAACGUGCUGUGGAUGCGUCUUUAAUUGCAUUACACAUCAUGACAUCUAGCAACAUGCCAAAAAUGGUCUACCUGGAAGACGUGAUCGACAGAAUAGUCCUUUUCAUGAAGUUUCAAUUGCAGAAUACUAUUUAUCCUUCAUUCGAUCCGGUUUACAAAAUAGACACAAAAAACAAGACUGACAAUUAUAAUUCUAGUGGUCGUAAGAAAAGAGGUCAUAUGAAAGAAGUCCGUGAGAAGAGUAUCCUUCAAGUAUACAACAAAAUGCACGAAUUAGUUGGUCUUCUUGCUGAACUAUUAAACAUCCAGGUUCUAACAGACACUAGUGUUCUUCAUGCCUCUACAUUAGGUGUCGCGCCAUUUUUUGUUGAAUCUGUUAGUGAUCUUCAAUUGAGCGCUUUAAAAUUGGUCACGAUAAUAUUUACUAAGUACGAGAAGCAUAGGAGAUUGUUGUUAGAUGAUAUUUUGGCGUCUAUAGCUCGACUUCCUAGCAGCAAAAGGAGUCUAAGAACUUACAGGUUAAAUUCUGAAGAUCACAUACAGAUGUUGACAGCGUUGGUCUUACAGCUGAUUCAAUGCGUUGUUGUAUUACCCGAAAAUGUACUCCCACAACAUAAGAAGUCACAAGAUGAUGAAGAGAAGAAAGAAGAGAAAAAAACAAAUUACGUAGAUGCAGAUGUCCUAAUCAUAAACAAGUACGAAACCGCCACCAGAAUAGCGGGGAAUUUUUUAACGGUGUUCCUGAACAAAUGCGGCAGCAAAGGUGAGGAAAUUGAUUACAGGCCACUGUUCGAGAAUUUUGUGCAAGAUCUGUUGGCUACGGUCAACAAACCGGAAUGGCCAGCAGCUGAGUUGCUUCUGAGUUUACUUGGAAACUUGCUGGUGGGUCAUUUUUCUAAUAAAAGUUCAGAUAUGGCGCUCAGGGUGGCCUCCAUCGAUUACCUCGGCGUUGUCGCAGCCAGAUUAAGGAAGGACGCGGUAAGUUCUCAAUGCAAACUAUCUACUAUUGACCAGAUCAUAAAGGACAUCAAGAUUGAACAGCAAAAGGACUCCGAAUAUGACCAAGUGAAAGAUAAAGAGAUUGCAGGUUUGAGCGAGGACGAAGAGCGGACGGGUUUUUUACAGAAAGUGCUUCUAGACUACUUGGCUGUAAACGGAACCAAGGACUCUGCCUUAGGUUACGCCCGCCAUUUCUAUCUAGCACAAUGGUAUAGAGAUUGUGCGUUAGAAAAAUCCAGGGUUGGUCAGGUAAAGAAUAGUCCCAGUAAGAAAAUGCAUAAGAAGAGAGUGAAAAAGAAACACAAGCAUCACACGAGUGAUCAGGAAUCAAAAUCAGAAUUAGAUGAACCUGAUGCCGAUGAAAACGACAAUAACGAACAAAAGUACUCAGAAACAUACCGAAUCAUAGAAGAGAAAAAGAAGUACAUUAUAAGUAGAAUAAGGCCGUAUAGCACUGGUACGAAACCGGAUAUUCUUCAGACAUAUAUCGAUUAUAAUUCAGCAGAACUGAUAUCACAGUAUCUCGCUUCGAAAAGGCCGUUUUCGCAGAGUUUCGAUCGAUACCUGAAGCAGAUCCUACACGUGCUCACAGAGUCGUCUAUAGCGAUCAGGACAAAGGCGAUGAAGUGCCUGACGAUGAUCGUUGAAGCGGAUCCAAGCGUUUUGGCGCGAGUGGACAUGCAGCUGGGUGUAAAGCAUUCGUUUCUAGACCAUGCGACGUCGGUGCGCGAGGCAGCCGUCGAUCUGGUAGGAAAAUUUGUACUAAGUAGGCCCGAAUUAAUAGAUAAAUACUACGACAUGCUAUCAGCUAGAAUUCUUGAUACUGGCGUUAGCGUUCGUAAGCGCGUAAUCAAGAUUCUCAAGGAUAUCUGCAUGGAGUGUCCUGACUUUCCCAAGAUCCCGGAGAUCUGCGUGAAGAUGAUCAGACGAGUGAACGACGAGGAAGGUAUUAGAAAAUUGGUAAUGGAGGUGUUUCAAAAUAUGUGGUUCACACCGGUCAGAGAACGUCCCACGUUAGAUUCCGAGUCAUUGCUAAGGAAGGUCAUGAAUAUCACGGAUGUUGUGGCAGCUAGUAAAGAUAUGGGUUUGGAGUGGUUCGAACAGCUGCUGGUUAGCUUGUUCAAGCCCAAGGAAGACAAAGACGAUAGUACAAAGAUGAAAACCGAGCCCACAAAGGCAUUAUUGACGGCGUGCAAACAAAUUGUUGAUUGCUUGAUUGAAAACGUUCUUCGACUAGAAGAGACGAACCUGGAAGAGUCUGAGAAGUCUGAGAAAAAAGGAUCCUCUCAAAGAUUGGUCGCUUGUUUGACAACCUUGUAUUUGUUUGCUAAGAUACGACCGCAAUUGCUAGUCAAUCACGCGAUCACGUUACAGCCUUAUUUGAGCUUGAAGUGUCAAACGCAGGGCGAUUAUCAGAUUAUCAGUAGCGUAGCUCACACAUUGGAGUUAGUCGUACCACUGAUGGAACAUCCUAGCGAGACUUUUUUAGCACAGUUGGAAGAGGAUUCGGUGAAGCUGAUUUUGCAACACGAUAGAUCUGUCGUGGCUAGCUGUCUUUCUUGCUUAGGUUCAAUAGUGAACAAUGUAACCAGAAAUUUUAAAUUAAUACGAGACUGUUUUAAGAAAUAUUACGGACAUCUGACUGAGUACAAAUCCUUUUAUGAGAAAGACCCUACAAAUCCUAUGCUUUUAAAGUAUCGGCCUUUUGUCAGGAGAGCGUUAUUCACAGUUGGCUUGUUGCUCAGACAUUUCAAUUUUACCGACCCUGAAGUGAUCGAAGGAUUAGCGGAAAAUAUAAAGGAUCAGGUAUUCGAAACAUUAAAUUACUUCGUGCAUCUGGACAAUGACGAUAUUCGACAUUUUACUCUGUCCGCUAUUGGUUCUUUAUGUAUCCGUCAUUACGAAUUUAUGUUGCUUCCUGAAUUAAAGGAACUGUACCAUCAUCUGCUCACUUCAGAAAAUGCGUUGGUUCAUAUGAGGAUUCAGGUGCUGAAUAAUGUUGAGGUUUAUCUGCAGGAGGAAGACAAAAGGAUGAUUAAACAGGACAUGGAAUGGGCGAAGAUGUCCAAACAGGAGAACCUAAAAGAAAUGGGGGACGUAUCAUCAGGGAUGGCUAGCACAGUGAUCCAGUUAUACGUGAAAGAAAUCUUGGAAUCCUUUUUGCACGUGAACAUCAGCGUUAGACACGCAGCACUUAAAGUAAUUCAGUUAAUUCUGGCUCAAGGUCUAGUUCAUCCAGUCCAAAUAGUUCCCUACCUGAUCUGCAUGAGCACAGACUGCGAAAAGGCAGUGAGUCACAGCGCAGACAAGCAACUUCAGGACAUCGAGAAGAAAUAUCCGGGCUUUAUUCAUAUGAAAUCGCAAUUAGGCAUCAAGCUGAGCUACCGGCUGCAGAAGAUCCUGCAGAACGACAUCACGGUAAGAGGAAUGCGAGUAAAAGAUGGCGAGUUUCCUGGUGCACUAAACGGUUUUCUGUACACCAUCCUGAGGAACACGAAACAACAGAGGAGAGCCAUCGUCUUGUCCUUCCUGAAGCAGUUCGAUGAGUCUGCAAAGACAAGCUUAUCGCAGAUGCUCUACUUGGCUGACAAUCUCGCUUAUUUUACAUAUCAAGUACAAGACGAGCCUCUGUUCAUUAUCCAUCACAUUGAUAUCAUCAUCUCAAUGUCUGGUACAAAUCUGGUGCAGUCAUUUAAAGAGGCGCUGUUACCAAAAGAAGGCAGCAGUCAAUCUCAACUGCAACACCAUCAUCAACACCAGCAACAUCAGGCCCAUGCAUCUAUUGGACCGGAUGGACAGCCGCGACCAGACCAGCUGUUAUCGGUGUUAGAAGAUGAAGAGGAUGACGAAGAGGACGAAGAGGCCCUGCUGGCGAGGUUACCAGAGGACACGACGCUGCUGAGGGAUUAUAUUACCGCCAGCCAAGGCUUCUUGUUGCUGCUUACUCUAAGGCAGCACUUGAAAGACUUGUACGGCUUCUCUGACCAAAAAAUCGGCCAAUACUCGCCGACAGAGGCAGCAAAGGUGUACGAGAAGGCGGUGAGCCGUAAGAGCAAUCUGCUGUUCAAACCAAAGGCCACUCUGCAGAGACUGAAGGAGGGAGUGAGUAGCGCUGAGCUCGACUCCGAUGGCAGGAGGAAGCUAGUGAAAGAGUACUUGGACUUCAAACAGUUAAUGCUGAAGUUUGACUUGGAAGAACCGGAAGAAGAUACAAACGAGGUAAUCUAAUUCGUCCAUCGAGCAUCCGAUUCGGUGAACUUGAUGACCGCCAGUGGACUCAUUCCGGUCUCCACGCCGGUCCACGCGUCGCAUAAACAUCGUAUCAGCGUUACACAUAGCGACGUUAUAUGUGUCCAAG